CUAUUAAACAAUGUUCAGCAUCUCUCUCCCUCCUUCACCAUCAUUUCCCCCCUCCCUUUCCUCUCUCAGGCUGAGCUGGGGCACACGCUCUGGUCUCUGUGUUUGACAAGGGGGAACCCAAAGACAUAGCAACGAUAGCAUCCCCUGGGAGAGAAAGAGGAGAGUGAGAAGGACCCCUCCUCCACCAGGCCAAUAGAGGAAAUUGUGAAGGAGAGAAGGAUAGAGAAGGAGGCAUGUCGCAGAGAGCUGAAGCAUCCAGCACUGAAUCAGCGCUGUUACAGUAUCAGCACCACAGAGGAAGAGAUGAGGCCUGAGCUGUGCGUCUGCUCUUGUCUUCCAGAAGCGGGAGAAAGGCAGAUGCAGAAUAAAGUGACAAUCAACCCUUCUUUAAGGUUGGAGGACCACAUCCUCGGUGCUCUCCUCCCAGUUACACAAUCAGCCUUUUCCUGUGUAGUAUCUGGAACCGAAGACACAAAGACAACAUCUGUUCUUCUGGUGGCCUAGUGAGGAACAUCUGGGAAGGGAAAGGAAAGCUAUAUUAGCUUGUGCGUCUGGGAUUACCUGGAUGUCAUUUUAUGCUCGACUCAGGAGGACACUAAAGACGGGAAGGACACUUUGUAGCUUACCACCAUUCAACAACAAAGACAGACCACCCAGCUAUAUUAGCAGGUGCCAACGCUUCAUUCUGGAUCUUUAUUACUUGCUAUCGUGUCCGCCGAAGUUGUGCUGCACUACAAAACUCCACUCAGAUAUCUUCUUUCAUGUCCCUGCCUUCCUUAAUAGACCAGACACUGUUUUCCAAGUGUACUUGUAGCCUCAAAAGUAGUGUCUGCCUGACCUUAUACCAUUUUUUUGCCCUCCUGGAGAGGGGGCUGGGGAGUACAGUGAGAGGCGGAGUGUAGGGAGGGGGUGCAGGGCCAAAGGGGGUUUAGACGUUAAGAUGCAGAGCUCCCCCCAGAGGAGAGAAGCUGUAGAGGAGGCUGGAGGCCUCUCUCUGAAUCAUGUGCUCUCGGGGGGUGGGGAAGACCACGGAGCAAGGGGGACGGAGUGGCAGAGCUGGGGAGAGGGAAAGAAUCCGAGGGAGAGUACGGGCAGUCAUUGGUCAGCUAGAGGGAAUUUUACGGGAUCUCAAGCAAGUGGCCAAAGAGCUGAGAGAGGUGGUGGAGCAGAUAGACAGACUUACCUCGGACUUUGAGUUUGAACUAGACACUGAUGACUGGACUCCUGGAACUGUUAGUAGCACAUCCAGCAGUGAAAAGGGAGGUCCUCUCUGUGACCUGGGACCCCUGGAUUUCCUGAGUUCAGACAGCUGGGAGUUCUGUUCUUUUCUAGAAGCCUCCACACCUUCUGACUCUGGAGAUGGCUCAGACCGGCCCCCUGACUUUAGGCUUCUUAAUGGAGGAGCCACACCGAAUGGGCCAGAUUCAUCUAGUGAAGAAACUCCUGUGCCACCACAGAAGCCCCUUCCAUCCAGGACACCUGGUUCCAGAGACCGGGUGAGGUUCAGUGAUAAAGUUCUAUACCAUGCACUCUGCUGUGAUGACAGCGAAGAUCCCCCUUAUGGCCAGGAGACUCCUCGAGACCCUCCAAGAGCUUCUGUCCCUUGUGCUGUCAUACGGAGCAACAAAGGAGGAGUCGCUGGAGUCAGGAGGGGCACCAGGAACUGCAGUACCCAGACCGUGUGUGACAAGAGCACCCAGACUGUGUUACCAUAUGUGCCAAAAAAGGGAAAGAAGGAGCAGAGUUAAAUGGUGGAAGUAUGAGGAUAACAGAUAGUAUGGGAGAUGUAAGUGUAGAAGCAAUCAGGGCAAUAAAGAGAGGUUGGGAAAAAAAGAUAUGAAAUGGACCAUCAGAGCUAUUUGAAGGAGUAUACUGUAC